UAGCACUGACCGUGGCGUUGUCCAGGUCCACCCCCGCAGCCCGGGUGCUGUUGUACUGCAUGAAUGGCCUGAUGAAGCGCAACCUGAAGGUUCGUUCAAAGAGGAACUGGGUUUUCCUCUGGUACUCGGUUGUACGGACAGUCCAUGAACUGCUGCAGGGUGCACCCCGACCAGUCAGAGCCCUCGUAGCAGGACGGCAGCUCCUCCGGCGUGGGGGUCCGUCCAUCGCACAUGUGCAGAGAGGUUUUCCACGUGGCCCCCCGCUGCACGUGCCUCCACUCGCUGAGGUAGCGAGACACGGGGUCCCUCAAGAGAGUGAU